CCAAGUGGAAGACACACACCACCUGCAUUCAAGCCGGUUUGUGGACUCCUGACAAGGCUCCGUCCAUCGUUUCAGAUAAACCAAUAACAAUGUCAAACCCAGCACCCGUUAACAAGCCUUCGAACCCAGACAACCCUCGGGUUUUCUUUGAUGUAGAUAUCGGUGGUGAAAGAGUUGGUAGAAUCGUCUUCGAGGUCUUCGCCGACGUCGUUCCGAAGACUGCUGAGAAUUUCCGUGCGCUCUGCACUGGCGAGAAGGGCAUUGGCCAAAGCACAGGAAAGCCUCUGCAUUUCAAAGGAUGCCCGUUUCACCGGAUCAUCAAGAAGUUUAUGAUCCAGGGUGGAGACUUCUCCAACCAGAAUGGGACUGGCGGGGAAAGCAUCUAUGGAGAGAAGUUUGAGGAUGAAAAUUUCCACUAUCAGCAUGACAAGCCCGCGCUUCUCAGCAUGGCCAACGCUGGUCCUGGCACCAACGGCUCCCAGUUCUUCAUCACGACGGUGGCCACGCCGCACCUGGACGGAAAGCACGUGGUGUUCGGGCAGGUGCUGAAGGGCAUGGGGAUGGUGAAGAUGCUGGAGGAGAUGGACACUGUGGAGGACGCACCUGUCAAGCCCUGCGUUAUUGCUGAGUGUGGGGAGCACAAGGACGGCGAUGACUGGGGAGUCGCUCCGAGUGACGGGUCAGGGGAUGCCCACCCAGACUUUCCAGAAGAUUCCGAUGUGGAUUUCAAAGAUGUUGACAAAGUGCUUGCGGUGGCUGAAGACGUGAAAAACAUCGGAAACAACUUCUUCAAAAACCAGAACUGGCAGUCUGCUAUUGGGAAGUACUUCAAAGCCCUCAGGUACCUGGAGGUGUGUGGUGAGGCCAUGGAGGACGAGAGUGUCCAGAAGAAGCUGAAGCCCACGGCCCUGAGCUGCAUGCUCAACACCGCGGCCUGCCAGCUCAAGCUGCAGCUGUGGCAGGAUGCCAUAGACAACUGCAAUGAGGUUGUGGAGAUGGAUGAGACCAACACUAAAGCUCUGUUCAGGAGGGCGCAAGCCUGGCAGGGCAUGAAGGAGUUCAACAAUGCCAUGACUGAUCUGAAGAAAGCACAGGAAAUCGCUCCCAAUGACAAAGCCAUCGCCAACGAGAUGCAGCGCGUGAAGCAGAGAGUGAAGGAGGAGAAGGACAAGGAGAAGAAGAUGUUCGCCAAGAUGUUCGCAUGAGACCGACCGGGACAACUCGCAACUCGCUGCUCAUCACUCCAACAUCUCAUCCUCUAAGACUUGAACCGAACCUUGUUCAUGAGUUUCUGUAACCGGCUAGCGUACGUUAAGAGUAUGGUGGUGUGUAAUUCAAACAUGACGAGGAGUUUUGCUCUGCUAACCCAACAUGAACAUCAAGUCAGGCUGAUGGCUUGAGUGAAGACUGCUGCUUUUUGCGGCGUGCACACACACCCUCAGAACAACUCGGACCUUAAGUGCAUUCAUGUAUUUAUUUGAUUUGAAAUCGUGUUUUGGUUGGGGUCGCGUCUCACUGAAAUGAACAGUUUGUGUUUACUUGCCAGAAGACCAUCGUUGACCUUUGUAUUAAAAUAAAUAAAUAAAAAAUACCACAAAUGUGAUGCACAAUUCAUG